UGCACAUACAAACUUAUAAAGAACGCAUGAUUUGAACUCUACAGAAUGAGGAUUCUUUAGUAAAAACAUAACAAAGUUAUGGAAAGAGUUACCGAAAGCACGGAAAGAAACGGUAAAAAAAUAAAAGCCUUUUUGCGUGAAAUUCUUUAAGUUAUGGGUAAUAUACCAAGCAUAACACUUCAAUCAAAUAUCAAUUUGGUUAAAACAGCUCAAGCUGAGUAUGAUUUUCUUCGUCUUGUUGACAAAUAUCCUGCUUUGUAUUGUAAAAACGUGUUAAAAAAUGCGUUAUACCGUUAUGAAAAUUACUGGCUACCUCUUCUUGCAAAGUACGAUCAAGCUGUAAUUGCUCCACUAGAUAUUGAAUGGGUUUGGCAUUUGCAUAUACUAAAUCCAGCAGCAUACAACAAAGAUUGUAAAAAGCUUGUUAAUAAAGUUAUUGAUCAUGUUCCUAUGUUCUUAGCUCUAGAUACUCAUAGUAUUUCACUAAAAUACUGGUCAGAAGAAUAUCCUAAUGUAGACUAUCAAGUUGACUUAUCUGAUAUAAAUCCUUUACUUAUAUCUACUGAACCAUUUAAAUGCUCAUAUGAUAUUGUAUCUGCUGCUCAACGUCACAAAAUUUUCAGCUAUAACGUUUUGUUUCCGCAUUUCAGAGACGUCAAUUUUUUGGAAAAUGCGGUGAAACGCUAUUUUAUUAUGCUUUCCAUAAAACGUGACCAUCGACAAACGGUCGUUGUGCCAUGCUAUGACAAUGAUUUAGUUUGGCAUGGUCAUCAGCAGCAUGUGUUAUAUUAUAAUGUUGAUAUGAAAUCAAUUUUGGGAGAACCUCUUAAUCACGAUGAUACUGGUUUUGAUAGAAGUGAAGGGACUCAACUUCAAAAUAAAAUGAACGAAACAAAAGAGUUAUGGCAGAAGUAUUCGUCAAAUUAUACAAUUAACGGUGGAAUGUAUCGUGGCGAACCUCUAAUACCCAAUUUGAAUAUAGAAAAGUACUAUUACAGUCGAUUGAUUUUAAAACGUUGGGGAUCAUCAUUUCAUUUUAAAUCCUUUUCCAUAAACGGUGUUUCGUUAAUUGGUGUUCUAGACGUCAUUAAUCUUGAUGUUGUUGUUAAAAUAACUGUAAAAAAUAAUGCGAACAAAGUUGCAGAGUUUUGCAAAAAGUACACAACCUCUAAUGGAGCACUUCAAGUUGUUCAUACUUUAGGAGAGGCAUCUUUUUAUUUAAUAUCAGAUUUAGUUUAUGAUGUUGAUAUCGUUUGCAAUUACCCUUCAAUAUCAAAAGAGUUUUCUGGUAAAAUCACUCAUUUACGAUGGGAUAAAAUGUAUUAUAUAAUUGAUUUAAAAUGCCAAUCAAAUAAAGAAUCAAUAACGUUUAAAGUAUCGUCAUUUUUGAACAAUUAUGAAAGAUUUGAAGAAAAUAUAUUUUAUACAAAAGGAAACUACAAAGUUUUUCAAUCGCAACUGAAAGAUGCAAUUAAUUCUUUCCCAAUGUUGUUCCCGAGUUUAGAUUUUCAUACUUUUUCAAAUCUUAAAUGUGAAUACACAAAAAAUUUCUUAAAAGCCGAUGAUAGUAAUCGUUUAACUUGGAAAGUUAUACAUUCAAAAGAUCCUCCAUUAUCUGUUAUAGAAAUUCGCGAUAAUUUUGGAAAAAUAAUUGCAACUUCACACUCUGUAGAUAGCUCAUCACUUCCCACUAAAAAACAAGUCUCAAAUUUGUAUAAAAGUUUUACUUUAGAUCCUCGUUUUGAAAGAGCAAUGUUAAUACGGGGAACAAUGAAAGACUGGGGUUUAAUAAAAGCUUGUUGGAAAGGUUUUAAAUACUCGAAAUCCGUCGUAAAUGCAAAACGUGGAAAGCUAGAUGUUCAAUUGUUUAUGUUAAACGGAGUAGAAUCAACUUUCGUAAAUGUGAAGUCAUGUGAAUUAGGUUUAGAGUUUAUUAUAAACAAUUCGAUUACUGUAAAUUUGAGCUCAGGAUUUAUUUCUUUAUCUAAAGACUUAAAAGAUGUACCACAAUGUUUAUGCGUUGGUAUAUCUAUUGCUGUCUUAUUUGUUCUCUGCCAACCCAGACCAGCACCACAAAAUGGUAUUUAUAAUGAUUCUCCAUCAAGUUUAAACUUAAAUUCUAUGUACAUAUUACGUGGAGCAGGGUUAUAUUCGAAUUUACUUCCUAGAUCUUAUCACCGAAUUUAUCGUGAUAAAAAAUUUUACCAAGACUUAAACAUGGAAUUAAUAACCAAUACCAAUUUUGCAACAGAAUGGGUUUAAGAUGCAGGGCCUUGUAGAGGAUGUGGAGGGGUGGAAGUGAAGGCGGAGGUAAAUGUGAAGAAGGUGGAGGUAAAGGUAAAGGUGAAUGUUGAGGAUGAUGUGGAGAUUGAUGACUAGACUCGCGUUAAAAGUUAUGCU